UAAAAUCAAACAGUCUAAAAAAAGACAAAGACCCAGACAAGUUGGUCGGGUUCAGUGUGAAGUGAAUGAGUAAAACUUUGCUGUGUGUGGUGGAUUUCUCCCUCGUAUUAUUCUCCUUAUUUUAUGCUCAAACCAUUUUUUACCCCUCACCCUCCAUCGAACUCCCUCUCUUCUCAGCUCUGCAUUCUCUCCCCUUCUUUGUCUUUCUCACCCUCUGUUCUAUCACCCCACUCUUUCCGCAACUAACACUGAAUUAAUUCUCAAUCACUGCUCUUUCUAUGCAGUCUUGUCUCUCCCUGAUUUCCUGCUGUCUCUUCCCAGUCCUUCUCUCUCUCUCUUUGUGCUUUUCACACUUUGUGUCCAUCUGUCCUUUGCUGAGACCUGCCCCGGUGCCCUGCUCCGCCGGCGUGUAUUCAGCAUGUAACCUCACCACCGUUAAACAGAGUAGCGGCAGGUGGGAUCGCUGGACCCCCUCUUUUUCUCCCUCUCUCUCACUUCUUUUUUUUCUCCGUCUCUCCCUCACUUGCUCCUCAUCCCUCCGUCCACCGUUAUUCAUUUCUGUGUAUGGGCAAAGAGGGCGAACAUGGACUCUUUGGAUCUUUUUAUCCUUCUAAUUCUCAUGUUUUGCCAGUGGACGUCUGCUCCUGCUGCCGAUGAAAUCCCUUGGACGUAUACUGGCCUGGUUGGUCAGACUGAGUGGUCACAGUAUUUCCCUGACUGUGGUGGUUCCUCUCAGUCGCCCGUGGACGUGGUGACCACACAGACCAUGUAUAUCCCCGGUUUGGUUCCCGUGACCCCGCUGGGCUACAGUCAGCACGGCAACAGACCCUUCACCCUGUACAAUAACGGACACACAGCUGUUAUUGAGCUGCCAGAAUGGAUGGGACUCGAGGGACUGCCGUGGCUCUAUACAGCCGUACAAAUGCACCUGCACUGGGGCAGUGGCGGCCCAAGUCACGGAGGCAGUGAACACACCAUCAAUGGACUUAGUGCAGACGCAGAGCUACACGUGGUGCACUACAACUCUGAGCUCUACCCCAACAUUUCCACAGCGAUGACACAGAAAGACGGCUUGGCGGUUUUGGGGAUUCUCAUUGUGACAGGUGAAGAGACAAACCCGGCAUUUAACAGCAUCCUCAACUACCUGAGCCGGAUCAGACACGCAGACCAGAAAGUUCCCAUUCCAGCCUUCGACGUCCAGUCCCUGCUCCCUAAGGACCUGGGACGCUACUAUCGAUACAACGGCUCCCUGACAACACCGCCCUGCUACCAGAGCGUUCUCUGGACGCUGUUCCACGAGAGGGUUCAAAUCUCAAAGGCACAGCUGCUGAAGCUGGAGACGAUUCUGUACUCCAGCAAAGCUGAGGAGACAGACAGGAUGCUGCUGCAGGACAACUACCGUGCAACACAGCCGCUCAACCACAGAAUCAUCUUUGCCUCCUUCUCUGCGGAAUCGGGGAAAGAGCUUUCCUCUGGCGAAGUCACAGCCAUAGUGAUCGGAGUGAUGUGUGGCUGCGUGGGUCUGGCAGUAAUCGUUCGCUUCAUCGUGAAGACAAUACGAUUCUUUAAGCUCCUCCACCUUGAAACAGUCGCGGUAAACAGCUCUACCUCUAGCUGGGACGUCCUGCCCAGUAACCGGCCCGCUCCCAUGCCAAGGAUAAAAGAACCAGAGAAAGGAAAAGAGAAAAAGCAAGACUUGGCUCUGAACUCAACGUCAGAAGCAGAAAAGAAAGAGGAGCCUUCGCCGUCCCCUCAGACCGAGCCCUAGCUGACAGAUGCAUUCAUCUCGAACCACACCGUCACCUUCCCUCCUCUCAGUGACGUUAAUGCUGAUCCAUAACUCCUCAGAGGGCAGAGAGCAAACAACAGUUACGAGUUCAACAAGCAAACGAUUGGUUAAAAGCAACAGGAGGACAUAACCUGGACAAGACACCUGCAACCUUGCCUCCAGUGACGUCGGCAACAUGCCUCGAGUUUGAACGCGACGUACGUGGCGUGCUUGUGCCACCUCGUUGGUUUAUGUUCACGCGUGGCUCAAGCGUGCCUGGGAUUAAUGGCUGCUUCAUGUAAAUACUUUGUAAAAUAUAUAUUUUGUUGUUUUUUUUCCACGUUUUGGAAGCUACUUCAUCUUGUUCACCUUGAAACACAAGCACACUGCACUAUAUGAAACGUAACAGACGUGGUUACUGGUGUAUUAACAAUAGCAAUAUGUAAUGUUAUGUUAUUAUGAAACUUGAGGAUCUAAACAAAAACGAAAAAAGACAAUUUGACAUUGAAGCACGCGAGUACAUGCAGAUAAUGGUGUAAAUGGGUGAGUUGUAUUUAUGGGAGGACUUUGUGUGCCAUCUUUGUCUGAAUGAUUUUUUUUUGUUGUUGUUGUUGUAUCUAAAUUGUCAACACGGGCACCGCAUUAAAACACCUGAAUGUCAA